UAGCCGCGACAACGACGGCGCUCAGUGACAGGGAAGGAUCAUGUCUCCGAAGAAGCCGCUGGUGCUUGCAUUAGCGCACACGACUGCCCUCAAUAUGGGAUGCGCAGGACUGGCUUGCAUCAUGUCACUGACGGGCGUUGCCCUGCUAGACCUGCAUGAACUGUACGACGCCAGCAUCGGAGCGGUGUCCCACCUGAUGACCAGCCGGUCUGUCGGAACUCUCGUAGGAUCUCUUGUUGGAGGUCACCUGUUCGAAACCUGCAACAAACAACUGGUGAUAACCCUCACUGUGGCGUUGAUGUCUGGCACCUUCGUGUUCCUGCCGUUAAGUGUGAACCUCUACUUGGCUUAUCUCGCCAGCUUCUUGAACGGCGUCGGAGUAGGUGGCUUUGACACAGGUGCCCUGGUCCUCCUCAUCAAAUUGUGGCCAGACAAUCCAGGACCGGCACAGCAUAUCUACCACUUCUGCUUCGGUGUGGGAUCUCUGUUGGCUCCGUUACUCGCCCAGCCUUUCCUUUCUGUCGACGCUCAUGACAGCGACCCAAAUGCCACCUCCAACCAUUCGCUAUUCAGCACGUCGCCAACUGUGGACGACUUUCCAGUCAGCAGCCGUUCUUCAGCAACUACACCGGAAUCCAGAAUUCACUAUGCCUUUCUCAUCGUCACCAUCUACCUUGCUGCGGUUGUCGUCUUUCUUGCUGUCCUCUACAUCGUUGAUAAGAGCAAGAACUAUGACACAGUGGUUCGUCAGACGAAGGACACUGAAGCCGUUCAAUCAUCCGCCGCCAGUGACGUCCGAUUCUCAAGAAUUCUUAUAGGCCUAGCGGGAGUCUACAUAGCUGCCUACGUAACCAUGGAAUGCGCCUAUGGACACAUGUUGACGACUUUUGGUGUCAAGAGCGACCUGCACAUGCCGAAGUCCACCGCUGUGUACCUAACGGAAUUCUUCUUCGCAACGUUCACGGCGGCGGGAGUGCUUGCAGCACUGGUUGCCAUGAAGGUGUCUCCCUUUGGAUUGCUGCUCGCUUCAAAAGUGACAUUACUCUUUGCCUUCUGUGUGCUGUCGGUGUGGGGCGCAAAGUCCAGCGUGGUACUGUGGGUUGGAACGGCCCUAUCUGGCCUGGGACAGGCGGUCAUCUACGGUGGUGUGGUCUCCUUCUGUGCCGACUACAUGGAAGUGACUAGCAAUAUGAUGUCCGUGAUUGUAUUUACGGACGGCUUUGGCGCCAUGCUCGCACCGGUACUAGUCGGACCGUUCAUAGAACGUUUCCCAAUGGUGUUGAUGUACUUGUGCUUGGCGUUGGCGAUAGCGAUGAGUAUCAUCUUCAUUGUGCUGCACUUGCUCACUAGAAAACGGAACAAGCUUAAGGGUAGUUCAGAGACAGAAAACGCAAAUGACGCUGUUGAAGUGAAAUCGAAUGACUAGUCUGGAUGACUACCGAGUCUGUAACGUGUCGGAUGGAGGACCAUCAGCUUUUGGAAUCUGGAUUAGUGCAAAACGUCCUGACCGCUUCAUUUCCAUCUUUUUUUUUGCAUCCGUAAUGUCUGUUGUAAAGUAUUAAGUAUUCAACUAUUAGUGUAAGAGACUCUGCACUUUUCCGAACAGCCCAUAAACUCGAAAUUCUUCCUAGACGGCGAUUCAUAGCUUCUGGCCCGCACUCAUACGCCUACCACACAGAAGAGGAGAUGCCUUCUUCGUUUAAAUUCUCUGUCGUGCGUUCCGAAGCAUCUCUUCUGUCAACUGCGAACGAAAAAAAAAUCGUAACAUGGUCUCCUUCAGUACAGUUCUUACUGUCUGUACUUCAAUUUAAUUGCGUUCCCGUUUGUGUGCCUUGUACUGCACGUGAACUGUGCUCAAAAUUUCCACCCUCCUUUCAAGAGCAACGUAUAUCUGACGUUAAUGAGCUUCACGCGGAACGAAAGCAUAUUAAUAACGCUUUCAAAUGAUGUAUUUUGCGAGGGCAUAGCUAACGCAUUAGAAGAGAUAUAUUCGUUAGAGCCCUGCACUGUACGGAGAAAUGCGUGCAGUUUGCAAUCCGGUUCCUGAGAAACACCACAUUCGAUUUUAACGAGAAAAUUUGUAAGUCUUCACUAGUCAACAGCGCUCUCGGACAUUCCCACGAUCACGAUCAGGAUCGCCGCUCCGAUCGUCACCGUCAUCUUUCAUCGUCGUCACCACUCAGCAUUGUCACCACUCAUAUUACACCCCUAGCUAUGGAGUAGCGUUCCACUCCUACAGUGGCAAACCUGCCCACUUCAUCGUCAGAAUAUAACUGGUCGUGUUGUCGUUCACUAGAGAGCGGAUUUUUAGGCGCUAACGGGUGGCGCUCUUGACCCGCAUAGCACCCAAUAUGCCAAUCAUCAUUGCGGACAAUAUCUGUCUCUCUCCUGAUAAGCUAAGAAUAGGAGCGUUGAACUAUCCAUCCAAUCGGAAGAGAAAACGAUACUGUUAACUGCCUAAAAAUCACGCUCUCUAGUCUUCACUAUUAUUCUACGUUUCUAAUUAUAUCAAUUUUAUACGGGCUAAAAGUACAGAACCCAGAGUACUGAGCGGAAAGCCAACACUAGCUUCGCAGUGUCCUCCGCCACAAGAGGCACGUGGGAAACGCUCUACACUACAUAAAGGAGUAAUCGUUGAAUUCACUAAUGUUUGCAUGAGACAAAAUGGCCAUGGUUGUUUCUAUCUCACUUGGGCCAGCCGGUGUCCGCCCAUUUCAUCGAGCGCCAUUUCAUCGAAUAACACUUGACUCAUCACGUUGCCAUGUGGCUUGUAUCACCAGACAUGCAGACACAUUUCGGGGUCCUUAGUAAGCACAAAAUGUUUGCGUUUCCGUGCUUUAACUUUGAUAUUAAUGACAGUCUAUUAUCGAUUCAAUUGAACAGUGUCAGAAUGGUGUUCCUGAUCAUUGCUACGAUCUGUAAAUUACUGUGCGACUGAUUUCGCACGAACGUCUAUUUCAAUUCAAUCGGUUUCUGAGAAAACAAAAAAAUGAGGGGCGUUCUUGACAACAUAGCCGAGUGGUGCCUCGAAUGAUUGAUGAUAAUUACAUCUGAUCAAGGUAUCUGUUGCCAGACAACAAAGAUGUACCGCUGUUUAGAAAACAAACUGAAGCCCAAGCAGCACAAUGUACUCAAAGUCGAGUGCAAUAGGGGUGGGCGGGUAGGUGAAAGGCCUUGAACAGACUCGUGAAACUAAAUAACAUUGAUAAGACACAUACCGUCCACCCCUAUUGCACUCAACUUUCGGUACAUUGUGCUGCUUGGGAGGCUACGGUGUACCUAAGCUAUUGAAGAGCGUUGGUUAUUAUGAACACUUGGGUCCCAUUAUUAAAAACGAUCUAAGCAACAACAACAACUUUAUUUCAAGAUGAUGAAUAGGGAAUUUCAUCGUCAGGGGCGAAACUCAACGCCAUUGGAUAAAUAAGGUUGGAUAGCCAUGUUAGACAUAUGUGUACUACACUAUGUGUACUAUGUGUACUUGAGCUACUCCAAGACUUCGGAUGUAAAAAAUGCAAUUUCGCUCCAGUGCAACGAAAUAAAUUAACAACAUAUAAAUGGUUAGGUAUGCCUUGAAAUAUAUGCACCUAUCAGCAGUCUCAGAUCCAUAAAAUAGCGCGCUGUCCGAAAAAAAAAAAGAACCAUGCAAAAUGUACUGUGCAGUGUUUAUAUAUUCCAGGUGCACAAGAUACAAUAAAAUUUAUUAUACUUCA